AUGAAUUGCUGCUCGUUAGUCUCGCUAAAACUCGAGAACGGCUGGAACAACUUGGCUAAUUCUGCUAAGUCAGCUAAGUCCGACAUUCUAACGCUGAAGAUGCACGCGACGAUAACGGUUCUGACAGUGCUCUGCGCGGCCAUUUGUUGCGCUCAGCCGCUAAGGAAGCAUGUCACAGAAGAAGUGUUGCCCAACAGGCCACCAUACGCCUUCUCGCAGCCAAUAGGCAUCGCCAGACCCUUGAACACUCUCAGUGAGGAAGCAAGUCUUCAGCCCAGGAGGCAGUACCUGAUAAGGCUGCCGCUUCGGAAACCUCAUGACAACCAGAACAAAAGAAGCGACGUUUACGAGUUCAACCUGUUUGCACACGAUUAU